AUGGCGAACGUUGCAGCGCCGAAUAUCCCACUAGCUCUUGCUCCAGGGUCGAAGGGCCCGGAGCAGCUCAAGACUGACGGCUUUAACGCAAACGCACAGGUCACAGAUGACGGUCGCGUGGAUAUCGCGCUUAACGAGGACGACCCACAGGUAGCUAGCCUGUUGGAUGCUCUCCAGCGAAAGACAACCCGUCGCCCAUCGCAGGUUCAACGUGACGAUACUCCUUUUCCAGUUCGGCUAAACGUGGUGAUUCACGUCGUGGGCUCGCGCGGCGACGUGCAACCAUUCAUCGCCUUGGGUCGAGCUAUGAAAAGACAUGGACACCGCGUGAGACUAGCAACUCAUCUGGUAUUCCGGGAUUUUGUGAAGCGCAAUGGACUGGAGUUCUUCAAUAUCGGGGGCGAUCCGGCUGAGCUCAUGUCGUUUAUGGUGAAGAAUGAUAAGCUGAUCCCAAAGAUGGAGACUCUUAGGCAAGGGGGGGUCGGAAAACGUCGCAGAGACAUUAGGAUAAUGCUCGGCGGGUGCUGGAGAUCUUGUUUUGAAGCUGGCGAAGGUAUCGAUAUGACUAGUGACGAGGCCAUCACGGCGGCACCAUUCGUGGCCGAUGCUAUCGUCGCGAAUCCGCCCAGCUUUGCCCAUAUCCACUGUGCAGAGAAACUGGCUAUUCCAUUGCAUCUAAUGUUCACAAUGCCAUGGUCCCCUACUCAAGCCUUUUCGCACCCGUUAGCAAAUAUCCGGGUGGGCGAUAUCAAGCCGUCGGUAGCAAACUUCGCCUCUUACGGUCUGAUGGAGAUGGUUAUCUGGGAAGGUGUCGGCGAUCUUGUUAAUUCGUUUCGUCGUUUUGAACUGGGUUUGGAGCAGCUGGAUGUUAUACGCGCUCCAAGUCUGAUUUCCCGGUUGCGCAUUCCCUUCACCUACAUGUGGUCACCCUCACUCCUGCCAAAGCCAGAAGAUUGGCAGGAGCAUAUCGAAGUAACGGGUUUCAACUUCCUAGCCGCAAACACCGACUUCGUGCCUCCAUCAGACCUGGUUGAGUUCUUAGCUGCAGGCCCGCCACCAGUCUAUAUUGGAUUCGGCUCUAUCGUGGUCGAUGACCCAGAUGCUCUGACCAAGAUGAUUCUAGACGCCGUUGAAAUGACCGGCCAACGCGCAUUGAUCUCUAAGGGAUGGGGUGGUCUCGGAGCCGAAAGCAUCAAUCGCCCGGACGUCUUCUUCCUCGGAAACUGUCCCCACGACUGGCUGUUCCCACGGGUUUCCUGUGUAAUCCACCACGGAGGCGCAGGAACGACGGCUGCCGGCCUUGCCUUAGGCCGGCCAACUACCAUUGUCCCUUUUUUCGGAGACCAGCCCUUCUGGGGUGCUCUGAUUGAGCAUAACGGAGCAGGACCGUCGCCCAUCCCCCACAAAAAGCUUACUGCCGAUCGUCUGGCCGAUGCGAUCCACUUCUGUUUGAAGACCUCCACCAUCGAGAAGGCGCAGAUCCUGGCCGAGAAAAUGUGCGCGGAGGACGGCGCCCGCGAUUGCUUAGCGAGCUUUCAUAGCCAACUCGAUCUUCGUCGGAUGCAGUGCAUGCUAUGUCCUGAUCGUGCCGCUGUCUGGCGUGUUAGACGAACCAAGAUACUGCUCAGUGCUUUUGCAGCUACUUACCUGGUCCAGCAGAAGAAGCUCAACCCGAAAGAUGUCAAAUUGUACCGUGGAAAACGCUACGACAUCAGACAAGGCUGUGAAGGGACGGACAGCUUCACCGGUGCCAUGAGCAAUUUCCUCACCGGGCUCGUCGACGUGCCCGUUGACGCAAUCCACAAUAUCGCGAGUCCGGCUGCGGACCGUUUUGCGGAGAACUACAACUUGCCAUCCUGCGAGGCGCGUAGAGCCAUGUUCACGCAGCCAGCCUCUGACGCAGCGCCGAGUGCAACCUCAGAAAAGGAGCGUGCGCAAACUACUGAUGAUUCCAAGGAGACCGCUAGUUUGUCAUCCUCGAUGACCACGCAGUCGCAGGAAGGAACACCCUCGAUGGUUGUCAAGCGAAAUCCCUUGCAGCGGGUAGCGAUUAACUCGAGUUAUCUGGGUCGCAGGGUGCUGAACUGGGUGGUUGAAGUACCCAUGGGGGUCACCCUGUUGUUUUCUCAGUUCGCGCAUAUUGCUCCACGAUUCUACAAUGACGAAACUGUGCGCGAGCUACCUGAGGUGACCGGCAUCCGGUCGGGAUUUGUUGCGGCCGGAAAGGAACUCGGAUACGGCUGCUAUGACGGUGUCACUGGUGUUGUAACGCAACCCAGCCGCGGGUGGAAAGAUGGUGGGUUUGGUGGGAUGACCAAAGGCGUGGGGAAAGGUUUGGGUGGCUUGAUCAUUAAACCUCAAGCUGGUAUUUUUGGCUUGAUCGGCUAUCCGCUAAAUGGCGUACAUCGAGCCAUUGAACAUUCAUAUGGAGCGGACCGACAGGGUUACAUUGUCAAAUGUCGCAUCAGGCAAGGGGUGGCAGAAUCUCAGGCUGCGUCACAGGAGGAGAAGAUGGCUGUCCUGGAGAAAUGGAAAACUUAUGAGGAAGGAGUUCGAUUGAAGCAUGAGAAGAAGGCUCGCUGA